AUGAUCCAGAAGGUGAAUCGUAUCGAUCCCAACAAACAUCGAAUAACAGAAACUAAAAAACAACAACAAGUAGAAGAAAAAGAUCAAACCAUUCUCACUCUCUUCCAAUGCAUUGAAAAAGAAUAUGAAGAAAAAAUUAAAAUGUUAACCGAGAAGUGUUUCAUUCUGGAACGACAAUUACAACAGUAUUGGAUGGAAACAAAUAAGAAUGAUUUACCAUGUGAACAUGCUUCAUGUCAAAUCCAUGUUGUUCGAGAACAGGCAUCUCCACAAUUUCAUGAAGAAGAACAUUCAAGAAAUGCUUCUCUGAAUAUUACGCGUAUUGCUCAUCCUUCUGUCAAUGAUGAAAUUCACAAUCAAUCUUGUAAAGUCAUGAUGGAUUGUGGAAAUAAUGAUCAUUCAUUGUGUUCUUCUCCAUUUGGAUUUAAUGAGACAUCAAUGACUACUCCUUCAAAACCACAACAACGACGAUAUCAUGAUGGGAUGGAUCAUGAUUAUCAAAUUAUACUUUCUCCUCCACUUGAAUUAGAACGUUACUGCAAUGCAGAGGAUAUUGGUGGAAAUAUUAAUUCUUUAUUGAAUUCAAAUACGUCAUCGAGUGGUCAAUUGUUAACACCACAGAGAAGAGCUGUGGUAAACAAGCCGUUAGAAACACAUUUUAGUUAUUCUCCUGCAUUAAGCGACUCAUCGAGUGAAGCAGAUUUGGACUUUAAUUGGUUAUUCGAGCAGGACCAUUUGAGUCAAGUGUCAACUGCCAGCACAUCAACAAUUUCCAAACGAUCUACGAGACAAUCUGAAAAGAAGGAACACAUUUCUCAAGUAAUUGAACAUUUACAGACCCAUUUGCAUGCAGAAAUUAUUUUACCAAAUUUAACAUUAAUGGAAGGAGAUGCCAUAUCAUCAUCUUCGAGUAUUCCAAGUCCUUCUCUGUCUCAAGACCAUGAUCACUCUUUGAGUAAAACACCAAUGAGUGAAAUGAAAAGAAGUACAACAAAAAGAUUGACAACACCGAAUGGGAGCUCAGAAUUAACAUUUUCAGUGGCAGCUUUGAAAAAGUCUCAACGCUCACAAAAUUCAAGAAUAUACACACGAACAGAUUACAAGUAUAGAGAUUAUUCACUUUCUGAAAAUAUUAUCUUCUUUUGUAAAUAUAUCAAAUUCAAGCCCGAAUAUUUAUUGUCACAUGACAAGUUGGGUCUAUCGAACCUGUAUUUCGAUGUCAUUGAUUUGGUGGAAAAAGAGAGAUCCAAGUUUAAAUUUUUAAAAUCCAAUAAGGAUAGCAUGAUUAUUGGAGACUGCGACGAAGGUUUAAUCGUUGUCAAAUUAUUAGAAUGUGAAAAGACCUUUCACACUCAUGUUCUCUCCAAAUUGAACAAGGUGCUAGUGUCAAAACAAGAACACAGAAAGAAAAAGCUUGUCAGAGAGUAUUGCUUUGGUGCUCAAUCAUUGAGUCAAGUGUUUGACUUUGAUUUUAACAUUUAUCUUCUUAGAGAUAGCGAACCAUCUAGACACGAAGGUCCAUUUUCUAUUUUCGAUGUGUUAUUGAACUGCAAAUGCACAAAUCCAUAA